AUAUUCCCUGCUGAGAUAUUUCACGAGUAAAAGCCCAACGGGUGUUCCGAGAUGGCAAAACAAUCAAGAUGAGUUACGAUGGUAAAUAUUCAUACAGGUCUGUCAAUGACGAACUAAGUCGAACAAGGAAACUUAGCGAUGCGGUCAUCAGGGUUGACAAUGCUGAAUUUCACAUCCACAAAAUUAUUCUUUGCAAGUGCAGCCACUACUUCAGAGCCCUCUUUCUACGAUGGUCAACUUCAGACCAGAGGGUCUACGUCAUACAUGGUCUGACGGCUCAGUUAAUGCAACUAUUUGUUGAUUUUGCAUAUGCUGGCUCUGUGUUGGUGACAAAGGACAAUGUCAAGGAUUUGUUGCUGGCUGCAGACCGGUUCAACAUAAUUGGCAUUGUCCAAACCUGCUGCGCAUUUCUAACGGAGCAGCUCUGUCCAGAAAACUGCAUUGGCAUUUGGCAGUUCACGCGGAACUGCUACACCCCGGAUCUACAGCGAAAUGCCUUCCAGUAUAUCCUCUACCACUUUGAAGAUGUUGCGAGUUCAAAUGAGUUGCAGCAACUCUCCGUACAGGACUUAUGCGAUAUCCUGGACCGGGAUGACCUUAUGGUAAAAACGGAAAAUACUGUGUAUGAGGCCAUUUUGCACUGGAUUGCACAUGCACCUUGGGAGCGAGGCGACAACAUGGCGGUGCUGCUGGCCAAAGUCCGUCUCGCACUGACAAGCGUAGAGUUCAUCGCAAUCAAGGUGCUGACCAAUCAUCUGAUCCAGGACAGCAGGAAGUGCCUGGACAUAGUUGCCUUGGCUACCCGCGUCAUGUGCCACAUGAACACAAACUCUGUGUGCGGCUAUCGCAACCUGGUGGCUCGUCCUCGCCUGCCUUCCGCCAUCCUGCUUGCCAUUGGCGGCUUCAGCGGCCCCAACCCGACGCACCUCAUCGAGGCGUAUGAUGUGCAUGCCAACACCUGGGCUGACUUGGUCGACAACAUGGAACAUCCACAUGCUUACUUCGGCACUGCAUUCCUGGGCAACUCUGUCUACUGCGUGGGCGGAUUUGACGGCCGGAGGCAUUACAACACUGUUCGGCGCUUUGAUGUGAACACUCGCACCUGGCACCAGGUAGCGCCCAUGCAUUUUCGCCGGUGCUCCGUGAGUGUCACGGUGCUAAACGGGCGCGUAUAUGCCAUUGGGGGCGUGGACGGUCGCAUAAGACUAAAAAACGCAGAGUACUACAUGCCCGAGACAAACCAGUGGACUCUUAUCGCCAGUAUGCAUGAACACAGGAGCGACGCUAGCUGUACCACCCUCAACAACAAGGUUUACGUAUGCGGCGGUUUUAACGGAAAUGAGCCCUUGCGAACGGCGGAGUAUUACAACCCAGAGACCAACCAGUGGACCAUGAUCGUCCCAAUGAACUGCUGUCGCAGUGGCACUGGAGUCAUUGCUUAUGCCAACCACAUUUAUGCAAUCGGUGGUUUUGACGGCGAUAUGCGCCUGUGUAGCGUAGAGGCCUAUGACCCCAACACGGACGCUUGGAUGCUCUUACCUUCCAUGCAGUGUCCACGCAGCAACUUUGGGAUCCAGGUACUAGAAGACCGCCUCUUCGUGGCUGGGGGCAAUACGGGUGUGUCGGCCACCAACAUGGUGGAGUACUAUGAUGCCCAUGCAGCCACGUGGUUCCCUGCCUGUGACAUGGCCGUCUCUCGGAGCGCACUCAGUUGCUGUGUUGUUUCUGGUUUGGCGAACGUCGGCCAUUUUGUCACACUGCGAAGUGAACUGCCGUGGCUUCAAUUGGAGGAAGUGGCCCUGGAAAUGGAAGACGACUUUUGAACAAUGACAUGGAAAGGAACGAAAUAAAAAAGUCCACCAGAGGAAAUGACAAGCAUAAUUAUGGUGUAUGCUAAGUUAGUUAGCUUUUACGAGAGUAACUCUGCUGCUUUCCUCAUGUUUAUAUUCACCAAAAUACUCUUCCACGGUGUAACAAUUCAUCUCUAUAAAGGGCCAGAGUAAACAAAAAAGUUGAUAGCAUUGCUUGCAAUUUUUUUAGCUUCGUGAUUAGCAACUCUUCUGUCUCUGCUGAACCAAUAUAGUUUCCUGUUUCCUGCCUCAACACUCCCACAGAGCUCACCCGUUUCUCAUUAUAACAA